AGUCCCCCUUAUAAUCAUUCAUAUGGUCACGCUUGUGUUUAAAAGUAUAACCUCUCAGUGCCUCACAGCGACGUUGACGUCUGGUUUCCAUGUGCUUUUUGCAAAUAAAUGUCAAAAGAGUGUAACAAUAGAAUAUGGAUUCCGAAGAUGACAACAAUGAAUUUUUCUUCGAAUCCGAUCACCUCGCGUUGAAGGGAAACAAGGACUACAUGUCACUGUUGCAGACAAUUGUGAUGCUUGAGGCACAAAGAAGUCAGGCUAUUCGUGAUCUCGAUGCACUAUUGGCGUUUCGGACAGAUGCAAUGAAAGAUCCAAUAUCUUUUGUUUCUGAAUUACAAAAUGGUAAUCUCCCUGUAUUACCCGGUCGUUGUAAAAUACCUGAAAUUCCAUACAUUGAUUGGAGUACAUAUAAUAUAACUGGGCCAGAUUCACGAUUAAAACCACAAACCCGGCAUGGAAAUGUUGUUCCACAAGUGCAAGUUAAAUCCGAAUCUGAUGAUGGAAAAAUUCUCGUUCGCGGUCGAGCGUUUGACGAAACAAAACCAGAAACAUUCAAUCAAUUGUGGACAGCGGAGGAACAACGUAGACUCGAAGAACUAUUGAUUGAAUAUCCACCGGAGGAAGUUGAAAUGAAACGAUGGACUAAAAUUGCAAACGCGUUAGGAAAUCGAACACCUAAACAGGUGUCCAGUAGAGUGCAGAAGUACUUCAUAAAGCUAUUGAAGGCUGGACUGCCAAUCCCAGGUCGUGGACCCAAAGUCAAGACUGAUUUCAAGAAAGCCAUUCAUCAUCGAAAUCUCAAAGGUUUAUUCAGACGAUCCACUUUCUUUCCACAUCAGGAAUUCAAUGAUUACGACGAGAGGGAGGAGACUAGGUCACAUCCGUCGAUUAUAACCGAAGAUUCGGAGGAUGAUGCUGGUCCUAGCACUGGACCCGAAGAGCCGUCGGAAUUACGACAAAUACAAUUGCUCAAAAGAAUAAAAAUUGAAAAAGAGGAACAAGGUCCCCAGUAUCAGCACUUCGGUUACAAAUGCUCUGUCUGUAGUGAAGAGCCCUUGAAGGGAACCCGUUGGCACUGCACAGAGUGUCCAGACGUUGACCUCUGUAAUGAUUGUGCAGUGGCCCAGAUGGAAGCGGCGAACCCCGUCCAUUCACCUCUGCAUAGACUCAUCGACAUUCGUCCCCCAGAUUGCGCCAAAAACUAUGAUAAAGACUAUUUGCCUCAGAAUUUCGAUAAUUCGUCGUCUUACAAUUAUCUGGACCCAAAUUUUCUGCCAGGUUAA